AUGGCGCAGCAGUCCUCGACAAUGACGGCGACGGCGUCUCUGAUACCUGCGGCCAACGAGUCCCUCGCGAAGCCAGGCCAGCAGCCCAGUUACAUGUCGCGUCGCGGUCCGCACAUCUCGGAGCUGCCAUGGACGCUCUCCAACUGGUACCUCCAUAUCGACUGGUUCAAGACGACCCUCCUCGUCUUCAUCCCCAUCGUCGCCUUUUACUAUGCAUACUACACGCCAUUGACGCGCCCCACCCUGAUAUUCUCCGUCCUCCUGCACCUUUGGGCCGGGAUAGGCAUCACCGCAGGAUAUCACCGCCUCUGGUCUCACUGCUCCUACACCGCAACGCUGCCGCUCCAGGUCUUCCUCGGCUUUGGUGGCGCCAGUGCCCUCGAGGGCUCGAUUCGCUUCUGGAGUUGGGGCCACCGCGCCCACCACAGGUUCACCGACACCGACGCAGACCCGUACACGGUUCACAAGGGCCUGUGGCACGCACACAUGGGCUGGCUGCUCCUCAACCAGGACUACAAGAAACACGGCCGCACCGAUAUCUCCGACCUCUCCAACGACCCCUUCGUUGUCUGGCAGCACAAGUACUAUGCUCCUAUUUCUAUAUUCUUCGCCUGGGUCAUGCCGACCUUGGUCGCGGGGUUUGGCUGGGGAGAUUGGAAAGGUGGAAUCAUAUACGCUGGUGUUCUCCGCGUCGUGACGGUUCAGCAGAGCUCUUUCACUAUCAACAGCCUCGGACACUACCUCGGCGAUCAGCCUUUCGACGACAGACGCUCACCCCGCGAUCAUUGGAUCUCGUCCCUGUUCAGUCUAGGCGAGGGAUACCACAACUUCCACCAUGAGUUUCCUACCGACUACCGCAACACGACAAGAUGGUUAACCUACGACCCGAACAAGUGGUGCAUCGCCACCUGGAAAUGGCUAGGCCUGGCCAGCGACCUCCGCACCUUCUCCCAAAACGAGAUCGACAAGGGCAAGCUCCAGCAAGAGCAAAAGAAGCUAGACCGCAAGCUAGGCGUCCUCGACUGGGGCAAGCCCCUCACCGUCCUGCCCCUAAUGGAGUGGGAGGACUUCGUCGACCAGUCGCGCACCCGCGCCCUGAUAGCCGUCGCCGGCCUCGUGCACGACGUGACGGACUUUGCCCACGAGCACCCGGGCGGCAAGGCGCUGAUCUCGACCGCCAUCGGCAAGGACGCGACCGCCAUGUUCAACGGCGGCGUCUACAAUCACUCCAACGCGGCGCGCAACCUUCUGGCCAAGUACCGCGUCGGUAUCAUCCGUGGUGGCGGCGAGGUCGAGAUCUGGAAGGUGCGGGCGCAGAAGAGGGCUGAGAUGAUACGGGAUUAUGAUUAUUCUAUCGUUGGUUCCAAGGAGCAUAUGCAGUAG